AACAACUUUACACAUCCUUUCUUUCUCAUCCUUUCAUCAUUCCAUUCUCCCAUUCUCCCACCAUAUCUACACCCUUACAUUCGCCCAUUACAUUCUCUUCCCCAGUCAGAUUCUAUUCUUCCCACACACUCAGCAGCAGCUGAUCAAAGGACUUGUUAUGGCAUCCAGUUCACACCAUGUAUCCUCCCCAGACCUACCUGUCACUACCACCGCUUCACCUGCGCUUCCCAGGCUGACCCAGUCCCGUUCACCUCAUCAACAACAGCAGCCCCAGCAGCCCCAGAUCUCACCCUCUCUACGAUCACCUGCGACCUAUACCCGCACCAUAGAGACGCCUUCCAUCCUUGUACCCUCACCUUCUGCAACCCUCAAGACCGCCCCGAGAGUAGGCGUUCUUCCUCGGCCUGGAGGUGGCAUGAGCCCUAGCACGCACGCAGCAGGGCAAAAACCCUCACUGAAGCAUCACCAGCAACAUCCACAAAGCUCGAAGGCUCAAAGGCUUCUAUCAUCGACGCAGCGAUCCAUGCCACAGCAACUUCAACAAAGUAUGAACAUGACAAGCGAUUCUCCAAAGUCACAGUUGAGUGUGAGCCCGAGACUGCCGGUCGUUCAGGACAGUAUACCGGCGCUGAGCGAAGAAUCUGCACUAGGGCACGGGCGUGAACAGGGACAGAAUCAGGGUCAGGGUCAAGGAUCAUCGCCAAGCAUGGCCGCUGUCGGAACUGGCGUACCAAUGGUCCCUUCGAUGCCUUCACGGCCAGUUUUGCCGCCAUCGGUGGCGACAACAGGAUCAUUUGUCAUCGCACUCUCCUCAUCAAACAUAUCUCACGCUGCUAACACCUCGACCCCUAAACCUCGCACCAUACCCCCAACAUUGCCACCAGCGAGGGCGCAUGGGAUUCAUGCGCGUCCCUUAGUACGACCAUCGUCAACUCUGCUAUCGAAUUCCCCAACAACCCGUGCAAGAGCGUCUUCCCACGCCUCAGAGUCUUUUCGUGCGACGCAGUUAGGCUUCGCCGGCGACAGUUUGAUCAACACCACGCAGCCGCCUGUACCACGCGACUCAGUAUACCCAGCUCCAGCGCUCCAGGCACCACAACAGGCACAUCAGCCUAGACAGCGGCAGUCAGUGUCCUCUGUUCGAUCUCCUGUGGAUUCUGUAGGUCACUUCCGUCCUGCGCCUCCUCCUACACGUCAUUCAUCAAGUAUUGUGAUUCCCAGUAUACGAUCUCCAGUGACCGCCAGCUCUGUGCAACAGACAAUAAGUGCUCCUACUGCGGAGUCAACGAGCGAGGACAGAUCGAAAGAUUCCACGACGCAGGAAACGUGCUCAUAUUCUAGCACCACAGAUCUAGGUCUCGAGGAAGAGGAGGAAGAGGACGAAGAAGACGGCAUUAAAUACCUGGAAGGAGGAAAGCAGAAGAACUCGCUACAGAGGAAAGGCAGGAAGAGUUUAGAGAAGAUGACAAGGUUAUUGGCUGAGAAGAGGAAGAGGUCUCGACAACUGAAGACCUUGACAUCCAUGCCCUCAGAAUCCUCUUCGGCAUCGCCCUCAGCAGAAGCUUCCACAGCCAUGAAAGCAGAUAUAACAGCACCGAAGCGACAGUCAUUGUGGGCAUCUCUCUUUGGAAACGGUAGCGCAGAGGCAAAGCCAGUCCUCUCUGAUUCUCUCGUCAGGAUCAACCAAUCGACGCAGUCUUUGGUUUCUUUUACCAGCCAUGACAAGGAGCAACAAGAAGUGGUGAGCAGCUCGUCUGAAAUCAGUGCGCCCAUCUCCCCGCGGUCAAAGGAGAGGUUAUCUGAGCCCUCUGCCGAUAGCGAUGGUUCUGAAGAGUUGGCAUCCUCGCCUAAACAAUUUUCAUCUGGAGAAUCUAUUGCAGAAUCAUCGACCGUUUCAUCACCAGGCAGGGAUGAUAUUCUUGAGGUCAAUAUCAUUCGACAUGAGCGGUCAAGGACUCUUCCAGGAAUACUUCCUCAGUGGGAUGGUAGUAUCUUGAGGUCGCUCACCAGAGCUCUUAGUGCAAAGAAGACAGUGACGCCGCCACUGGAAAGCGACAGUAGUGAUACCGAUGUCACUGCUGAGACCGCCGCCGAGAAUGACGGCACUGCCGCGGACGAUGAGGAUGGCGAUGAGGAUGCCGACGAGGAUGCUGGCGAGAGCCUUGAAAGCGUCAAUACUGGAAGUUUGUUAUUUGAGCCACAACAGGUCGCCAUGUCGGAAUCCGCCAAGAGUAUCUCGGAAGAAGCUCAGUCAGCAUCGCUCAGUGCUCCAGCCAGGGCAGCAUUAUCCAUACGCACCCAUGUUCCACGAGAGAGAGUCCUGAUUGCCGAGGCGCAGGUGCAGAUAGGCGAUGAUAUGGACGAAGACAAUCCGUUUACAGAUUCGCAUGCGCUGACGAUGACGUCUUCAGGCGUAUAUUUAUCUGCCGUAUCUAAGGACCAGCUAUCAAUUGCAAACACAUCCGCAGGAUCAUCGCCCUCACCAUCAUUGUCGUCCCUGUCAUACUUCACUGGGUCAGUGGCGUCUGGAUCGACUUGGUCUCUACAAGGAUCGCGACAAUCUUUGAUGAAGAUGAUUUUUAAAUCAAGGACAGAAGCGGUACCUUCAGGAGGUGGAGAGGCGACUAGCGGUUCUGAAUUAUCCGCGGAAUCUCUUUAUCGCAAAGGCGAGGGCUCUCCAGGAUCAGCAGGGCCUUCGACACCCUUGCAGUCGCCUCAAGUCGAUCUAUUUUCCGAUUUCGAGUCGAACGCAGCCCUGGACACAGUUCUGGACGUCCAAAACACUGACGUGAAGCGUCGGUCCUUUGUCAUCCCUGGCGCCUUUCCGGGUGGGGAGCGGGCUUCGGAGGAGACAGCGACAGAGUCAGAAUCUGGAUUCACGCAGUCAUAUGUUCCGAUGUACACUGCCUCGGAGGGCGAUUCUCUGGCAGUUGAUCAGCCUGAGGAGCCGGCUCACUAUCCUGACAAGGACAUCAGUAGAUGCUCGGAUUUGAGGGAAGCGCAGCAGAAUUAUGGCAGUGACUCUAGUGAACAUGAGGAGGAGAUGAUCAGCACCCAGCCUUCCAAGGGUUCAUAUGAGCGGGCGUCUUUUUUGCAGAUGCAGCACUUGCCCCACUACAAUCCUUCAUCUUCAGCGUCUUCGCAUCACUAUCAACUGUCGUAUUCGCAGGAGCUGACCAGUCCAGCAAGAAUAGUCGCUAAGGCCAAUGAUGAGCAAAUGGAUCAGGAGUCUCUCCAGAUUGGGGUAUAUAGGACUUCGGUGGCAUCGUCACAAACUCCUACACGUAUCUUAAUGAAAUCAAAGUCCCCAGCUCUGCACAAAACCAAGCAAGUGCCUGAUAGCCAAACAAAGCGGGAACAUCCAUCGCCGUCGGUCCUUUUGAUUGCUCAGACCUCAAAAGAAUCGGCUUUUGACUCAGUAUCUGUGUUCUCCGAGAACAGAGUAUCUUCCGGGAGUCCCGCUAUGCUUUCUCUCGCAAGUAGUAAGAGUGAUAUCUUAGGUACCCAGUCAACUAGCUCUCGUAAUUCUGGAGCCACAGUCCCCGACAAUUCGAUCGACUACUGCCGCUACAAGGAGGAGGUGAUCGACGUCAUUGUAAAGAACCCCAAGCCGAACUGGAACCAUGUGCAGGACUCAAAAGAUUGGCGUCUGAAGGGUACGGCUAGAGCAAUUUUUAAUAAGGGCUCGGCAGCAUCGUAUGGCGCUGUUGAACCUCUUGUAGUGGAUCUUGUCUCCUCAGGUUUGCGCUCCGUAGGACAAAACGUCUCAUCACUGUCAACCUUCUCCUCCUCAGACAUCGUUAAGCAGGGGACUAUACCACAUCCACAGCAAGCCGCCACGCAGGUGCCCCGCACUCAUUCAUCACAAGUCAGGACGAGUCCUCCACCACCCCCACCGCCGCGCAAUACCAGGCGACCUCGUUCAAAGACACUGAGUCGACAUGCGUCAAUGGAAAUCAGGCAUCUCUCAGCCGAAAUUGCGAAGGCGCAGCUUGCGAAAAGCGAUGUAAAUGCGACUGACACGACAGUGCCUAGUGGGGAGCAAAAGUUCCAGGGGAGUGACACCUCGGGCAGGCCGGAUAAGGGGCACAUUAUGGAGGAGAUGGGGUCUGAGCAAGCACGGAAUUUCAACGAGGACUAUCUUUACUUUCAAAACGACAAAACUCGACAGGACUUUCGAUCCAAUGCCAUCAUGUCGCAGGGGAGUGCGAGCAACUAUGGUCAGACAUAUAGAAAGGAUAAUAGCGCUAUCAACUCGUACUUGGAGCCUGUGGAACAGCAACCUCAAUUGCAGCACCGACCGUCAUCGACGCAGUACUACCCAAACCAGCAGCAGACAGGUACUUCAAACACCCUGGUGGCGACUUUACUGGAGCAGAUUGCUUCCUUGCAGCAGCAACUGUUGCAACAGCAACAGCAACAGCAGAACUACCAAUCUCUUGUCCAACUGAAUGAUGUGGAAGCUUUCGGAUCCAUCUCGACGGUACCAAUGUCCAUGAUGGAUCAGUCUGAAGGCAUGACCAUGAACAGUUACCUGCUUGGCAGUGGCCCUGUCAAAUGUGUUACCCAGGACCAAGGCCAGCCAAAAGGACAUUACGAUGAUCAGUCUGCGCAGUAUAUCAACCAACCUGGACAGGUCAUGGAGAACGGUCAACACUCUCAGUAUGACUAUAUCCAGUCAUCUACGCAGCAGGUGGAAAACGACCUGUAUCCGAUUCAGCCCCAGCAGGAGGAGCCUCAGCUUCAGCCCCGACGCAACCAUUUCUACGAUGAUGACCAACUGCAGUUGCUGCAACAGCAGCGCACUGAAAGAGUACGACAGCUCUCGGACGAGCACCUUAUCCAAAUGCCGCGCAACUCUGAAGAGUCGCUCCGAGGGUUUUAUCAGCACCAGCAAGAUCCGAUGUUGGAUAUGCCCCAGGAUCAGGGCUAUGGCUUUCAGAAUCCUGUUAGCGCUAACGAUAUCCAGACCACGUACGAUCACGAUGGGUACCAGAAUCCAUUCAAUGACCAGCAGAUGCAGGAUCAGCUUCAGUAUCAGCAGGGGUUGCUUCAUGGACAGCCCAUGACUUUUGGAGAAGGAUACGACUUGAUUCCCGCCCGAGAUUCUACGGAGCAUGGAGAGUUGAGGCUAAUUGUUGACGACCGCCAUAUGGACGACUAUUAUAACCGCCAUCAACACGGGAAAAAUGAGGAAGUUCAGGAGCAGAAAGGGUUAACGCUACAGCAGCUCCGACAGCAGCAUCAACACAACCAGCAGAAUCAGCAGACCCAGAUGCACAGCCAGCAGUAUCGCCACUCAACAGAUAUCCACUACAGCAACCAGGGUAGCCAGGAUGGCUAUCAGCUUCUUGAUGUUGCAACGACGAGACCUUUGUCGGGUGGAAUUCUAAACACGAGUAUGAGCCAUGUAACCGGCAUGGUUGCGGGGUCAGAUUUCGGAUAUAGUACAGGAGCUCAAUCAUUGAACCCAUUUGCACCUAAUUACAUGUCCCAUGGGCAGCUACAGCAGAACAAUGUGCGACGCCAUCACUCGAUGCAUUAUCCCCCACAGACUGCUGUUCUAACGUUGGGCACCCCUGAGCCUCAGCAGCAACAACAACAACAACAACAACAACAACAACAACAACAACAACAACAACAACAACAACAGUGGCAACAACAACAACAACAACAACAACAACAAUUGCAGCAGUUGCAACAGCAGCAACAAUCUUACUCAAAUGUGCAGCUGGCACACCAGCCUCGGCCGCCGGUUUGGGCACCUCAGCACCUGACUUGCUUGCCAUUCUCGUCCAAUAUGCAUCGAUGUCAGCUCUCAGACCUACAGCAAGAGAUGCCUAAUCUACCACCAGUGAAGGAGCUACUCUUGCUCUCAUCGUCAACUUCAAUUAUGAACAUGGGUGACUCACCUAUGAUCUCGUCAUCCGGAUUGGGUAGCUCUUCAGGAUCGUCUUCGGCACCACUGUCGUUGCUCUCAAAUGUUGUGCAGCAGGAAAAAGUCCGGAUCGAGGGUAAGACGUCUUCGCAGAACGGUGCAGCAGGUUGGUCGGAGAGACCCUUUUCACCAGUUCUUCCAAAGGCCAAGGAUGACCACCAUUCAGCCAUUAAUAAUUUGACGAGCCUCGCGGCGACAAUGAUGGCUUCAUUGACACCAGAGGCUAAGACGGUUAUGGAGAUGUCUACAAGCGCACCAGAUUCGCGUAUGCAGACGAAGGAGCAGACGGAGAGGAUUCGGAGACAUUUUGAUAGCUAUCUUGCGGACCCAAAGCGGCGAAGCCGGCAUUUAGAUAUGGAGGUGAAUGACUCAAAGGAUCAGAUUGGAUACGAUGGUACGGAUGAUAGCCAUAAUGGAUAUGUCAUUGACCGCGACGACCCUAUGGAUGCGACCUCGAACUCGGAUUCGGAAUCGGACUCGGAGGAUGAGAACGAGAAGCAGGGUGUACUUAUGAGUUGUACAGCGGAUACGCUCUUAGCAACAGGCGCCAGUACGUUGGGUAGGAGCAAGACUAUUGCCAGCACAGGGAUUAGUUCCCGAGAAUCGAAGGGAUCUGCGCAUCGGAAUUCGACUCGUUUAGUUCCAAGCAACGGCAGCGGCAGCGGCAGCGGCACGAGUGGUGAGGAAUAUGACAUAUAUCGGCCUGCGAAGGAUAUUUUGCUCCGACAUCAUUCGAGUUCUGGAAGUCUGCGGUCUGUGGCACGGCAUGGCGACCAGAGGCGUUUGCCUCUAGAGAGCGAGCCUCAACUGAAGACUGAUAAAUAUGAGACACCGGGUGUUCAUGUGCAGCCGACAGGCCGUAUUGGUGAGCAUGGUGUUAGGGCCGGCAUGGAGGUUGUAACUGGAAAGCAGCGGGUUUCACCGGCAAUAGGGUUUGGAGUGACAGAACUGAGCUCGAUAUUGUUACCUCAACUACCAUCUCAGCAGCAGCCUUCGCAGAGCCAACGACAGCCGCCACUACAGCAGCAACAGCAGCAACAGCAGUCUCGCAAAAACUUGCCGGUGCCGCCUGUAGCAUUAUCGCGCCCUCCUGUGAGUUACAAGGUCCCGGUGGGAAGUCCCCGUCUUGUGUCGAUAUCAUCGGCAUCUAUGCUGACGACGACGAACGGGAAGACGGUGAUGGAUGAGGAAGGCGGUGACUGGGGGUUGACUGCACAGCCUCGACGGUAUAACAGCGUGAAGCUCGGGAUGACUGGAGUCACAGGCGCGACACGUCGUGCGAUUGGACGGCCUGUUGAGCGGGGACAUGGCAUUGAGCGUGGACCUGAGGACUGUGUUUAGCCGUGCCUCAUUAUUGACAGUUGAAUGCAGAUCUUAUCUUACCGUGAAAAACGUGCAUUGCACUGUCUGCCCUCAAUAUGUGCAUGCAUUAGUCAUAUAUCUACAACCCAUAGUUAGGCAUACGUAUUUCAAAAACAGUGGUAUGCCUAUUCCAUUCUCACGCAUAUUUGGGGAUGUUGCGCUUUAACACCCCGAUCCACCCCUAUACCUCCCUCUACCUCCCUCCGUUAGCCUUUCGAUUCAAAAGAUAAUGCGACAGAGCAGGGUAUAUUCUGUGCGCACGAAUAAAAG